AUGGCGGAGGUUCAGUCAAAUGCAAGGAGGAUAUCCUCACAAAGGCGUGGGCGUGGCGGCGCACCUCGCCGAACCGCUGACAAGAAAUCCAGCGGACAAGCGACUACUCCGGCUGUCAAAGCUGCACCUGUUGCGUCACCUACGCACGCUGUGGGACCCGCAGCAAGCGCACCCGCGCCGACUUCGCUGCCGACGACUGGAAACGGAAUCACUACGGAGUGCUUCAACAAUCUGCUUUCCAACUUCACUCAGGCGCUGACGUCAACCAACCCGCAGCCAGGAGCGGGAGACGGUCAGCAGACCCAACUUUUGUGCGAGAUGGGAAAACUAUUUUUGUCUAGCAUGAUGACCUUCAAUCAGAUAAUGCAGAACCAUGCUGUAUCGGCCUCGGUGCCGCCGCAGGUCGCUGCUCCCGUAAGCACCGCACCAGCGGUUGUCCCCGAUGUUGCGGUGCCGGAGUCGUCAACUGCGUCAUCCAUGGCUGGCGCUACCAAGAAGCAGGAACCUCGAGCCACCGGCAAAGGCACUCCACGACCCCAGCGGGCUAAUGCAAAGCCCGCUGGCAAGUCAACGCGCCGCGAUGCGGAAUCUAGCAGCACUGCUAAAUCCACCAUGACACGCGUGGAAGGAUCGGAAACGGAAGUCGUGGGGGAUGAUAACAACCCAUCGGUCGAUCCUACUCCCUUAAAGACAGGAUCUGUAGAGGGGGCAAAGCCAAACCGCAAGGAUCAGUCGGCCAAGCAAGGUGACCAGCGCCGAAAGGGCGACGCGGCUCUCCCGUCCGACAAAGGUCAGCAUCCUAUGCCGCGCAAUAAACGCGCGGAAUUCUUGUCUGGAAGUGACAUGAAGCGCCCAUAUGGAGCACAGAAGGGCGAUAAACCCUCAGGGAAGCGAGAUGACACCUCGAAGCGUUAUGGGCCAAAUGCAGCUGGCAAAGAUGGUGCGCGUCGAGGCGGGCGUGCGGAUGCAAGCAAACAGGUGCGCAUUACGACUGCCGUACAGUCGCCGUCUGUCGUUGGAGCCGUUGCUGACCAGGAAACUCCGAAGGUGGAUUUCAACACGGCACCCACUCCCAUCAACGUCAUCGAGGGAGGGGAGGGAGCCUAUUUGGACGGGCUGGUGUCAGCUGAAGAGCAGCUGAACUUUAGCAUUUACCGUUUCGUGGACAGCUGUACCAACGCCAACCUAGCAGCCACUGAGCGCAAGGUCCCGGUUGGCAUUGAUAACCCAUCUGAGUCGGUGGGAACGCAACCGGACAGCGAGUCUACCACUCUGCCGCGGACAGCAGACGGGGUAGGCUCCGAUGCAUUGCCAUCCGGGGCGGUUCCAAACAGCACUGCUGAGUUCAUGAGGGCCGCAUUUAUGGGCGAUCUAGAGCUGCUGAAAAUGCAAAAGGAUGUUGACGUUACCCAUGUGGACGAUGUCGGUCGCAGUGCGCUGCAUUACGCCAGUGCCGCCGGGUCUGCGCCGUGUGUGGAGUAUCUGUUGGCAAGUGGCGUUGAUGUGAACCUGGCCGACCGCAAGGGUUGGACGGCGAUCCACAUAGCGGUGUCAAAGAACUUCACGGAUGUUGCGAAGAUGUUGGUUGACGCCGGGGCCAACAUAACCACACUGCUUAAGCACAAAUGUGCUCCAGUUAGACUUAUGGAUGUAUACUCGCCGGCCAUACACUUCGCAGCCAUCAAAGGCAACAAGGAGAUAACACAACUUCUGCUUGACCACGGCGCCACGCUGAACGACUUGGAUUCGGCGAACAUGACGCCGCUGCAUUACGCCGCGUUCAGGGCCAACACGGAGUAUCUGCGCUUUUUACUUGACAACGGGGCCGUUGUCAACGUGCGUGACGCCAAUGGCCGGUCACCGUUCCAUGCCGCAGCGCUCUCUGGGCUGAUUGAGAACGUGAAGCUGAUGGUUGAACACCAACCAUUCUUGAACGAGGAAGAUGUAUGGUCCCUGACCCCGUACAAACUUGCUGAACUGCGUAACCACGCAGAUUUCGUCACCUAUCUCCGAGAGACAUUGAACGUGUCCGAGGAGGACCCGGAUGACAUCAACCGCGUGCUAGCCUCGACCAUCGCUGUGGCGCUGCAGGAGCCGAACUCGGAUCAGAUUUACCGCUGCGUAACGCGCAUAGGCGCUGACUUGUCCAAAACCGUGUUCGACCUGACGAUGCAAAUUGAGCGCAACGGCGGCGUGUUGACGGCUGAUGGCAGCAGGAAACGCACCAGUGGUGGUAUAUUCUUCACUUGUCUGCGGGAGUUGUACCUCAACGACAUCAUCUCAAAGGAUGAUUACAACUACAUCAGAGCGGCGGAAAACGAAAAGCGGAUCGCUAACGCGAAAGAUCGCCGUAACCUACUCAAAGCGCGUACAUAA